GAGAGGGUGAGCAUGCUGGUCAUCCUGCUCAACUGUGUCACGCUGGGCAUGUUCCACCCCUGCGAGGACAUCGCCUGCGACUCGCCGCGCUGCAGGAUCCUCCAGAGCUUCGAUGAUUUCAUCUUUGCCUUCUUUGCUGUGGAAAUGAUCGUCAAGAUGAUCGCACUGGGGAUUUUUGGGAAGAAAUGCUACUUGGGAGACACGUGGAACCGCCUGGACUUCUUCAUCGUCAUCGCAGGGAUGCUGGAGUACUCCCUGGACCUGCAGAACGUCAGCUUCUCAGCGGUCCGCACUGUCCGCGUCCUGCGGCCGCUCAGGGCCAUCAACAGGGUCCCCAGUAUGCGCAUCCUGGUGACUCUUCUGUUGGACACGCUGCCCAUGCUGGGGAACGUCCUCCUCCUCUGCUUCUUCGUCUUCUUCAUCUUCGGCAUCGUGGGAGUCCAGCUGUGGGCAGGUUUGCUCAGGAACCGCUGCUUCCUCCCCGAAAACUUCAGCAUCCCAUACACAGUGGAUUUGGAGCGAUACUACCAGACAGAGAACGAAGAUGAGAACCCCUUCAUCUGCUCCCAGCCCCGGGAGAACGGGAUGCGCUACUGCCGGAGUAUCCCAACACGGAGGGAAGAAGGUCUCGAAUGCACCUUGGAUUAUUAUUCCUACAAUGACACCACCAACACGUCCUGUGUCAACUGGAACCAGUAUUACACCAACUGCUCUGCUGGGGAGCACAACCCCUUCAAGGGAGCCAUCAACUUCGAUAACAUUGGCUACGCCUGGAUCGCGAUAUUUCAGGUCAUCACACUGGAAGGCUGGGUGGACAUCAUGUACUUUGUCAUGGAUGCACACUCCUUCUACAACUUCAUCUACUUCAUCCUCCUGAUCAUUGUGGGCUCCUUCUUCAUGAUCAACCUCUGCCUGGUGGUGAUAGCAACGCAGUUCUCUGAGACCAAGCAGCGCGAGAGCCAGCUGAUGAAGGAGCAGAGGGUGCGCUACCUGUCCAACGCCAGCACCCUUGCCAGCUUCUCAGAGCCAGGCAGCUGCUACGACGAGCUCCUCAAGUACCUGGUUUACAUUGCCCGAAAAGGCAGCAAGCAGCUUGUGCAGGUCUACCGGGUGGUGGGCGUGAGGAUGGGCUUCCUCACCAGCCCCACGAGCAAGGCAGGGGCCGACCGACAUGCUGGGAAGCGCCGGAGCAGGAAGAGGUCCUCCGUGCACCACCUCAUCCACCACCAUCACCACCACCACCACCACUAUCACCUGGGCAAUGGGAACCUGCGGGCGCCUCGUGCCAGCCCAAAGAUCAGUGACGUGGAGACCAGCUCGGUCCACAACGGCACCAACCGGCUGAUGCUCCCCCCGUCGGCAACAAGCCCCCAUGGGGCCCCCGGUGCCGCCCCCAGCAACACCGAGUCUGUCCAUAGCAUCUACCACGCCGACUGCCAUGUCGAGCCGGUGCGCUGCCGGUCAUCUCUCCCGCAGCCGGGCCUCAGCCUGCCGAGCCCAGAGGGGAUCCCCAAGAACAUCGUGGGCAGCAAGGUGUACCCCACUGUGCACCCCAGCACUUCCCAGGAGGUGCUGAAAGAGAAGAGCCUGGGGGAGGCAGCGGUGGGUGCCGGGAGCAGCACCUUGACGAGCCUCAACAUUCCCCCUGGGCCGGACAGCACCAUGCACAAGCUGCUGGAGACGCAGAGUACGGGGUUCUUUUCAGUCCAUGUGACAGAGAAAGGUGAUGGCUUUCCAGGUCCCUGCCAAAGCUCCUGCAAGAUCUCCAGCCCCUGCACCAAGCUGGACGGCGGCUCCUGCAGCCCCGAGGGCUGCCCGUACUGCCUCAAGGCGCUGGCGAGCGAGGCUGAGCUGACGGACAAUGAGACAGCCGACUCGGACAGCGAUGGGGUCUACGAGUUCACGCAGGAUGCCCACUACAGCGACCAGCGGGACCCACAGCGGGGCCGAGCCCGGGCCAGGAGAGCGAGCCGGGUGCUGGCCUUCUGGCACGUGGUGUGCGAGACCUUCCGGAAGAUUGUGGACAGCAAGUAUUUUGGCCGUGGGAUCAUGGUGGCCAUCCUCAUCAACACGCUCAGCAUGGGCAUCGAGUACCACGAGCAGCCGGAGGAGCUCACCAACGCCCUGGAGAUCAGCAACAUAGUCUUCACAAGCCUCUUUGCCCUGGAGAUGUUGUUGAAAGUCCUUGUUUAUGGUCCUUUUGGCUACAUUAAGAAUCCAUACAACAUCUUUGAUGGGAUCAUCGUGGUGAUUAGCGUGUGGGAGAUAGUGGGCCAGCAAGGUGGGGGACUCUCAGUCCUGCGGACUUUUCGGCUCAUGCGAGUUUUGAAGCUGGUCCGCUUCAUGCCAGCCCUCCAGCGCCAGCUCGUAGUCCUCAUGAAGACCAUGGACAAUGUGGCCACAUUCUGCAUGUUGCUGAUGCUCUUCAUCUUCAUCUUCAGCAUCCUGGGGAUGCACCUCUUUGGCUGUAAGUUUGCUUCGGAGCGAGAUGGCGACACGCUGCCUGACAGGAAGAACUUCGACUCCUUGCUCUGGGCCAUCGUCACCGUUUUCCAGAUUUUGACCCAGGAAGACUGGAACAAGGUCCUCUACAACGGCAUGGCAUCGACCUCCUCCUGGGCUGCUCUCUACUUCAUCGCUCUCAUGACGUUUGGGAAUUACGUUCUCUUUAACCUGCUGGUGGCCAUCCUGGUAGAGGGUUUCCAGACAGAG